AUGUCGCAAUCACAACCACAAAUUCCGGAAGUUGGCGAUGAGUUUCCAACAGCAGAAAACUUCAAGGAAGUGGCACAACAAGGUGCUAAGGCAGCGGGUUUUGCCUUUAGCAUUUCAUCAUCAAAAAUGUCAGGUGGUGGAAAAGGUGGCCACACCCCUUUCAUAACUUUGCAAUGUACAAUGGGAGCUGCUUUAAAUGAAAACACUAGAACUUGGGUAGUAACGUCUUCCAAAAGUGUGUAUAAUCAUGAACUACUUAUUCCAUCUCAAAUCUAUUGUCUUUCUCAACAUCGGUACCUCAAUACGGAGCAAAAAGAGUUGGUUCAUAUAAUGCUUAAAAGUGGGGCAUCAACUCGAUCAAUUGCUGAUGCGAUACACUGGAAACAAGGUACUGUAUAUACAAAAGAUAUAAUUAAUGAAUGUGACCGAAUAAAAAAUGCUCUAAAUGAGGGCACAAAUCAUGACACUACAAUGCGCCUUAUAAAAAUGUUAGAGGAACGUCAAUAUAUACUUCGUCAUCUAUUAACAAAAGAUGGCCAUAUGUUAAACUUAUUUUUCACACAUAUUGAAGCUGCACGUCAAGUAGCUAUAUGUCCAGAGGUGCUUAUAAUCGAUGCAACAUAUAAGACGAACUUAUAUAAGUUACCUCUCAUCAAUGCAGUUGGUAUAAGUAAUAUCGGUAAUGCUAAAGCUCUUAACACAUAUCAAAUAGCAAUGGCAUGGGUAGCAAAUGAGCAAGAACCCACAUACGAAUGGUUUUUACUUACUUUAAAAGAGACAAUUUAUGACAUUUUUUUUUGUUCUCCAGAAGUAUUUGUUUCAGACAGGGCUUUGGCCCUUAGAAAAGCAGCAGACAAGGUUUUUCCAGAGGCAAAAAAAAUGAUAUGCAUUUGGCAUAUGCUUGCGCAAAACUUACGAACCACAUGUAGAAAAUUUUUUGAUUCAGAUGAAGAGUAUAAUGAACUCCUGUUGGCGGUCCAGAAAGUUGCCUAUGCUGAAGAAAUGAAUGAAGUUGAAAAAGCAUUUAAAGAAGUUAGUCAAGCGACAAUGAAAAGUAGGGACCCUGAAUAUAUUCAAAAUUAUCUUGAAGAAUGGAAAAAAGAUGCAGAGUGUUGGAUGCAUGUUUUUACAAAGAAUUAUCCAUAUAUGGGAACCCAGUCGACACAGAGAGCGGAAGGAAGUCACAGCACUCUAAAAAAGGCAAUAGAAGCAUCAAGUGGUUUGGAGCAAGUAUUUUUACAUAUUGAUCGUGCCUUUCGUCAAUGCCAACUACAAACGAAUGGAGCCCUAGGCUCGAACAUUGUUUCUGCUGAUCCAUUUAUACGUAAUGACAAAAGGUUUGAAUUAUUGCUUGGAAAAAUUUCUAGAUGGGCGAUCGAUAGAAUCAAAAAAGAAGUAUGUGAAAUUGAUGAGAAUAAGAAUGUGAAUGAUAGCCCUUGUAAUUGUAGCUUAAGAUUGAAUUAUAAAUUACUAUGUCGUCACAUCAUUCCACCAACAGGACCUGUUCUACUUAACCUUGUGCAUAAACGCUGGCAUCUAAAACAUGAUUCAGUACCUUCGAUACCAUUAUCUUUGUCAAUUGACAUGACUAUUAGUAAAGUUCUUUAUAAGCUCGAAGAAAAAUAUGAACAUCUUAAUGAUAGUGGGUCGAAAGCCACAUUCUUGCAUAAGCUUGAAGCACUAGUCACUGAAGAAAUUCCAGUCCCAAAGGCACCAUUACAUAAUGUGUCUACUUUGCCUAAAAGAUGUCCACAAUCUACUAAGCGAAACCCUCUUCUUAGUGAACAUCAAGAAAAAACAAAACUUGUAGAAGUUCUACAACAGUCGCAACAACCUUUAUUUUACGAUCAGAUACCUAUUUUUAUGCAUGAAUAUAUAAAAAAAGUGGUUAAUGUAGAUGGAGAUGGAAAUUGUGGGUACAGAGCAGUGGCCGUGAGUUUAGGAAGAAAUGAAAAUAAAUGGCCAAAUAUAAGAAAAGAAUUGUUUGAAGAAUUAAAUAAAAAUGAGCCUUUUUACCGAUCAUUGUUUCUUGCAAAUGAUGAUUAUGAUAUGAUUUUAAAAGAAAUUUCUUGGGAGAGCGGCCCUUGCACGUUCGAUCACUGGAUGAAAAUGCCACAAAUGGGUGAUGUUAUAGCAAAUGCUUACAAAAGACCGUUAUACUUCUUCUCACUACAAAUCAGCCUUACCUUUCUUCCAUAUCACCAUCCAUUGAACCGAAAUGAAGCACUUGCAAUCGCUUUUGUUAAUCAAAAUCAUUAUGUAGCCAUGGUAUUGAAACCUGGUGCACCUGUUCCUCCAAUUGUUAAUCGGUGGACACAAUUCCCCACUUUAGCUGCAGCACGAUGGAAGUUAUUAAUCCAAGAUCGUAUUGCUCAAUUUCUCUUAGUAAGUGGUUCAACUAGUAAAACAGACACAGAAA